UCUUCUGUGCCCAUCUCUUCAUUUACAAGCGCAAAAUCCUUCUCUUCUCUUUCUCUCCCUCUCUGUCUCUCUCUCCUCUCUCAAUCAGUUUUUCGUUUUCUUGUGUUAUAUAAAGAGCGAAAUACCUACUACCUUCCUUGCUAGCUUCUCCAGCAAGAUGGGUCGAUCUCCGUGCUGUGACAAGGUGGGCUUGAAGAAAGGACCAUGGACACCUGAGGAAGAUCAAAAACUCUUAGCUUAUAUUGAAGAACAUGGUCAUGGAAGCUGGCGUGCCUUGCCAGCAAAAGCAGGUCUUCAAAGAUGUGGAAAGAGCUGCAGGCUUAGAUGGACUAAUUAUCUGAGACCUGAUAUUAAGAGAGGAAAGUUCAGUUUGCAAGAAGAACAAACCAUUAUUCAACUCCAUGCCCUCUUAGGCAACAGGUGGUCGGCUAUAGCUACUCACUUGCCCAAAAGAACAGAUAAUGAGAUCAAGAACUACUGGAACACGCAUCUUAAGAAAAGGUUAGCCAAAAUGGGGAUUGAUCCGGUGACUCACAAGCCAAAAAAUGAUACCUUGCUUUCCAGUGACGGUCAAUCCAAGAAUGCAGCAAAUCUUAGCCACAUGGCUCAGUGGGAGAGUGCCCGGCUCGAAGCUGAGGCUAGGUUGGUUAGAGAAUCCAAGCUGCGUUCACAUUCCUUUCAGGAGCAGCUCAGCCCUGCAGGGUAUGUUUCUGGCUCAGGCUCAGGCUCAGUUUCAGCUUCUGCUUCUACUUUGGCCCAGCAGCAACGGUCUGUUGAUGUACUAAAAGCUUGGAAUGGUGGGUGGUCUAAGUCUAGUGAAGGUAAUAUUGGCAAUGGUCUUAACACUACUGGAAUUGGAGGUGAUCACCUUGAGUCUCCAACAUCUACCCUUACUUUCUCAGAAAAUGCACCACCACCGAUCAUGAACUCAUCAGGAAUUGGAGGAGAUAACUCUAUUCCUAUGAUUGAGUUGGUUGAAACUUCAGGUUCAUCAGAGACAGGAAUUAUCAAAGGUGAACAUGAUUGGAAAACCCUUGGAAAUUCAAGUCAUCAUCAUCAUCAUCAUAUGCCUGAGAAUUCAGUUUCUUUUACGUCUAGUCUUCACCAUCCUGACAUGACAAUUUCCAUGGAAGGACCGUGGUCUCCAGAGUCUCUGAGGUUAAAUAGCAGUCAUAUUCAUGCAGGAAAUGUCGUGGAAGAAGGUUUCACUAAUCUCCUGCUUAGUGAUUCUGGUGACAGGUUGUCGGACAGUGGUAAGGAGUCGGAUAACAGUGGUGGCAGCGGCAGCGAUUAUUAUGAAGAUAACAAGAAUUACUGGAACAGCAUUCUUAAUUUGGUGAAUUCUUCUCCCACAGAUUCGCCAAUGUUCUAAGAACUGGAAGACGUUAUGCACAAGAAGCUACGAGUGGUAUAUAUAGCAUUUCUCAACCCAAGUGUAGUGAUUUUUUUUUUAACUACUUCCCAUUGUUUUCUCAUUGUCAUUCAAAAGUGAAAGUGAUUAUACCAUAGGAAAAUGUUUUCCAAAAGGGUAUUGAUUGCUUCCACUGUGUGUGUUCUGCGGAUAUAUAUAUGUUCAAGUGUGAAUUCAUAAAUUAGAUUGAUGCGGAAGCAACAAAUGCCGUUUUGGCUCUCUCCCUCUGCCGUUUAUUUCUUCUCUCUUUCAUGUGAAGUGUUAAUAGCUACUCUGCUGGUUCCCCUGAUCAUCAGCUGUGUUCAAGUGGAAUAGAGUUAAACUUGUUUGUCAAACUUAAUGGCAAUUAACAUGUUUCUUAUUGGUC